AUGAAUGCGGUGAAGACGGCAUUGAAUGAUGCGAAGUUAAAUAAGGCUGACAUCCACGAGGUAGUGUUGGUUGGUGGUUCGACGCGUAUUCCAAAGGUGCAGAAGAUGUUGCAAGACAUCUUCACUGCCAGUAAGCUGAACAAGUCCAUAAAUCCAGACGAGGCAGUGGCGUACGGUGCGACGUUACUGGCUGCCAAUCUGACUGGUGACAAGUCAGAGACGGUGCAGGAUUUGAUAUUGCUAGAAUUGACAUCACUCUCACUGGGUGUGGAGACGGAGGGUGGUGAGAUGUCGACGGUGAUAAAGCGUAACACGCGAAUUCCCACAAAACAGACAAGUAAAUACUGCACGUGUAAAGACAAUCAACAGAGUGUGUUGGUCAAGGUAUAUGAGGGUGAGCGCGCGAUGACAAGUGAGAACAAGUUGUUGGGUGAGUUUCUUCUAUCGGGUCUCCCACUGGCGCCGCGUGGUGAGACUAAGCUUGAAGCCAUCUUCGAAAUUGACGAAAAUGGCAUUCUCCAUGUGUCGGCGGUGGAAAUGUUGACGGGGAAGCAAAAUAGCAUCACCAUCACCAACUACAAGGGUCGUCUAUCGGAGGAGGAGAUAGAGAAAAUGCUGAAUGAUGCCGAGAAAUUCAAGCAGGAGGACGAGAAGCAGAGGAGCAGGAUGGCAGCAAGGAAUAGGUUAUUGGACUACAUCUACAGCAUAAAAAGGAAAUUAGAGAACGAAGAGGUAAAGCAGAGGACAUCGGAGGAAUAUCGACAAAAUGUACUUGAAAUGUGGGAGGACGCUAUCAAGUGGACAGACGCCGAGGAACAGGCAACAGAGGAUGACUACGAACAAAUGCGCACAAAGUUUGAGAGCGUAGGCAGCCUUAUCAUGGCAACGAAGCAACUCGGUUUGUAA